AUGACCGAACCACUAGGACAAUUGUCCUCACUGACGGGGACAAGUUCAACCUCAAUACUCCCGAGCAAUGAUUUCAAUCCGAGAAAAUCUAAAAAUCUUGAAUAUCCCAGAUUGAACGGCGAAAACCAAAUCUGGGGAACGUAUACUAGUCUGGGGAACCAGUCUGGGAAAGUAUCUUUUGACAACCGGGGAGAAUAUCAAUGCGAUAGUGUUAGUGAUUCUAGGAUUGCUCCGGUCGUCUGUUUGGCAAUGCCCGCUCGUCCCCUACCCCGUAGAUAUAGGAAUUAUUCCACGUGGCUGCGUGAUAGGAAAACGCCACCCGUCCACUGGUCGGACUUGCUGAGCUGCGCGGUCGACCCAUACAUGGAAUAUUUAGAAAAGAGAGAAUCACUGGGCCAGACGGUGACCACGUCAGUUAAUUACAUAAAGAAUCUGGUUACGUUAUUUGACAUGUUCAUUACUAAUUACAGUGUUGAGGACAUGCAUUUUCCCAAGUCGUUUGACCUCUUGCCAUGCCCUAACGAGAUCGGUAAAAUGAAAUUGCUUCUGGCCAAAAUUAAACUCUUGUAUAAAAGCAAACUGAAAAAACAGCCGCAAGAGCUGUUUGACAGGAAGACAAUGGAGGCACAGGCGCUCCCCGAGUACACAGAAGUCCGAAAAAUUAUAAAAAAAGUUGAGACGGACGUGCCGGAAUUCUUAAGUAGACUAGAAUCGAGCGUGGUCGCGGACGGCGAGAUCAACGUCGCCCCGGUAAAAGGGUCGCCGAUUCAAAAAAUGGUCAGCAGUUGGUGGAGAAAAUCUACUUGCAGCCUGGCAGUUCUAGUGCUGUGGUUUUCGAAGCACCGAAGUGGGGUCAUAUCGAACAUGUUGAUGAGCGAGUGGCUGGUAAGAAAACAGCAGGAAGAUAAAACGGUGGUGACCGUCGCCAAGCAUAAAACGGGCGAUAAGGAGCCGUCGCUGAUCGUGCUCAGCGCCGACCUGGCGGCCCUGUUGGAGAGGUACUAUCGCAUCCGUUUCCGUGUCCGUACCACACGAAAAGAAUUUUUCAUCACGAACACCUGUGGUAGGGUUAUGAAAGCUAACGACGACGUGAAUAAGAUUUAUAAGCUGCAGGACACGAAGAGUCAGUUGUCGGCUUGCGUGUUCCGGAGGAUGAUAGAGAGCGAGUCCCGGGGCCACGACAGUACCACAUGUGCCGGGGUGGCAAAAGCUCUUCAACACGACCCGGAGACCGCUCUCAGGUACUACCAGGUACCGGACACCAACGAGGCCAUACGGAGGCAGGCACAUAUAGACGUUGUCGACCACACGAAGUUGUUCCACGACAUGGUGGCUGAAGAGUUAGACACGUUGUUCCCACUCGAACCGUACGCCAAUUUGAAUGACCUGGAUGCGAUACGGGAAAAGUUGGAAGAUUCGAACGCGAAAGCUAUGUAUCCAAAGGCCAAUAUUACGGAUGCGUACCUGAACCAAAUUCGGGAAAACUUUAAUAAACAAGUCGCCGGAGAGAGGGUCAACAUUCUUGUGGAAAUAUUGAUGGCUGACUACACCCGAGAUAACAUAUCAAAACAAGCCAUCAUAGAUGCGGCUAAACGUAAGAAGCUCCACUACUUUCUCAAACACGACGCGGAUAAAAUAUGCAGGAAAGUAAUGAACCGGUUCUGA